AUGCGUUUUGAAAACUUACAUAACACUAUUCUUUGGAAAAGUUUAAAUUCUUUUGGCGUCACAAAAUCUAAAUCAACUAGUGACAGUUUUAGUUCUACAGGCUUCAACCAUUAUUUCAGUUCUGUUUUCACUGCAUCAGAUAUAGAUUCCUUUUGCGAUUCAACGAUUGAGAACGUCACGAAUGAUUUUAUGAAAUGA